AGCGAGGGCCGGGCCCCAUGGGGCUGCGAGGGGUGCGGUGCCAGGGGCACGAGGCACAGCUGAGCCUCUGCAACGUCUCCUGGCCGGCAGCGGGGGUCGUGGAGGACGUGGGGGUGGUUUGCCAGGGUGAGUGUCCCCACGGGCCCCCCGGGGCACAGGGUGGGCGGGCAGCCGGCCCCCGCCGCCGUCUGGGCUCCGUCCCCGCCGCAGGGAGCCGACGCGUGCGACUGGCGAAUGGGCCCGGGCGCUGCGCCGGGAGAGUGGAGAUCUACUCCCAGGGCAGCUGGGGCAGCGUCUGCAACGACGGCCGGGACCUGCCCGAUGCCGCCGUCGUGUGCCGACAGCUGGGCUGCGGAGGGGCCGUGCGGGCGCCGGGCUCUGCCGCCUUUGGGGAGGGCUCCGGGCACAUCUGGCUGGACGGCGUGAACUGCUCCGGGGCCGAAGCCGCUCUCUGGGACUGCCCAGCCGGGCCCUGGGGGCGGCACGACUGCGGGCACAAAGAGGACGCCGGAGCCGUCUGCUCAGAGUUCACGGCCCUGAGGCUGGAGAACAGCAACGGCUGCUCCGGGCGCCUGCAGGUUUUCUACAACGGGACGUGGGGCAGCGUUUGCUCCAACUCCAUGACCCCCAAAACGGUGUCACUGGCGUGCGAGGAGCUGGGCUGCGGGAAGGAAGGGACCCUGGAGAUACAAGGGCCAUGGGGCAGAGUGUCUGGCGCCGCCUGGCUGGACCGUGUGGAGUGUGAGGAGAGACACGGCUCCUUCUGGCUGUGUCCCUCCGAUCCCUGGAACCUGCGGUCGUGCGACGAGCUGCGAGAUGUGACCCACAUCACCUGCCGUGGGACACGGCCCAAAAUGACCCCAACCCUGGGCUCCGCGUGCCCCAACGCCACGAGCUGCACAGCUCUGUGCCUCCUGCAGACAGGGAGAGGAUCCGCGCCGUGGGAGGAGAGGACGGCUGCUCGGGCCGGGUGGAGCUGUGGCACCGCGGCUCCUGGGGGACGGUGUGCGACGACACGUGGGACGUGCGGGAUGCCGAGGUGGCCUGCAGGCAGCUGGGCUGUGGGCCCGCCGUGGCCGCCCUGCCCGAGGCUGCCUUUGGGGAGGGCACAGGCCCCGUCUGGCUGGAGAAGGUGGAGUGUCGGGGCACAGAGGCGGCUCUGCAGCACUGCCGGGCCUGGCCCGGGGACCGCGGGCUCUGCCAGCACAAGGAGGACGCGGCCGUGCGCUGCGCGGGUGAGUGCAGGGGCUGCAGCUCUGCCCGGGGCACUGCAUGGAGCUGGGGCAGGUCCCGUCCUGCCCUCAGAGCUCUGGAGAGCGAGGCUGUUCCUGCAGAGCCUGGCAGCCUGGUCCCAUGUGGGCAGCAGCUUCUGUGGGGCUGGAUGUCCUCCAGCUGCUGCCCGGCCAGGCUCUGCAGCCCCAGGGGCACUUCUGGACCUUGGAGUCCUGGUUGAUAAACUGAACAUGACCCAGCAACGUGCCCUCGUGGCUGCACCCAGGACAGCAGCAUCGACCCCUCGAGCAGAUCCCACUCGGGGCCGCCCGACCAGCAGCAGAAGCGUCUCGUUGCCCGUCAUCAUGUGCAUGAUCCUGGGAGCCCUUGUCUGCCUGCUGCUGGCCCUCCUGGCCUGGAGAGUGCUCAGCGCCAGGGCUGAGCGCAGAGGCUCCCAGACAGCCCUGGAGCCCUUCCCUGAGGCGGUGUACCAGGAGAUCGGUUACAGCCCUGUGUGGGAGGAGCAGGCGAGAUUCAGCCCAUCAGCCCUGGCUUUGUGGGUCCCCUCUCCAGGCUCCUAUUCGGAGGGGUCCCUUACCAAACUGCAGCCCCAUCACAUGGACAGUGAGGAGGAAGAUGGUCUGGGGUCAGCACGAGAUGUCCCUGUCCUGCCCAGAGGUGGCCCAGCAGAUAGCUAUGAUGAUGCCAGGGAGGUUUCUGACCCUGGGGAGGACCUUGUGUUUGGGCACAGAGGCUGGGAAGUGCCCAGGACAGCGGAGGAGGGAGCAGGGCCCAGGGACGCACCUGGAGAGACAAAGCUGUGCUCCCAGAGCAGUGCCGGGGCCCCUGGAGCUGAGGGAGAUGCCCAGUGCCUGUGCCCAGAGAGCUGGAGCUACGACGAUGCCCAAGAGGUGUCCCUGGCACAUCCCCCUGAGGACAGCGAGGCCGUGACACUGCAGCUCAGGGCACAAGGGUGGCCCAUCCCCAGGCCAGGAGAGCCCGUCACUGCCGCGGGGCUGGGAGCAACUGGGAGGGAGGAGGGAGCUGUGCGGCUGGGAGAGCCCUGAGCUCCAGGGAGCCCUCGGCCCUUGCCAGCCAUUUCCUCUGCCUUCAGUGUCCUGUGUUCAGGCUGUGCCUCCAUCUUUGUUCUGAUUAAAAUCCCUUGGGGGUUUGGGCCAGAGCUGGUGUCGGGCUGCCCAAGGGUCAAGGGCUGUCCCCGAGGCUGACUGGGGGGAUCAGAGCACAAAGACGUGACAGUGGGGAAGGGGCACGUCUUGGGGACAGCGGGCUCAG